GGGGUGGUCUCGACAUGGAAGCGCGACUACACGUCAGUUCUCAGGAUCCCCCCGGGUUCUCUGCCCAGCAUGGCCACCUUCGUCAACCAGAGCAAGCCCAACUUCCGGGUCACCAGCAUGAAAGACCCCUCUCCCCUCAUCAGCUACCACGGCGACGGCUGGAUGCCCACCUACACCCAGAACUCUGUGGAGUCCUCGGCCAGCAGCCACGGCCACGAGAUGCGUGCCAGCGUCAUUAGGAAAACCUCAGACGUGACGUCUUCCUGACCUCUGACCGACAAGAGUCUGAUCACUGCCUGCAGCGCUCAGGAGCCACGAGGGGCCGCAUGCGUCAGGGGAUGAGCUUUAAAGGGUCUGCCUGAUGCAGUGUGCUCAUUGCUCCUGGUUGAGAGGCUCUGCAGACCACCCAUGUUCAGGAGGAACAGCCCCCUGCUCUAGCACCUAACCCCCCCCAAACUGCUUUUACUCUGAAGUUCUCAUCAGUUUUACCACUUAAAACUAAUUAACAAACCUGUUACUGUUGACUCAGAAUGUUUAA